AUGAUGGUGGCAUGCCCAAUCUGCGGCAAAUCCGUCAAGCAAACCACGAUCAACGACCACAUCGACUCCAACUGCACCGAGUACAUCGAGAACGAAAGCAGUGCAUCGACACCCGGGACUGGCAAAUUCUUCAAGACCCCCGUCGCAAAGCGCGAUGCUUUCUCCUUCUUUUCGGCCUCCCAGCCCUUACCAUCUCCGAGCGAUCCUCGACCGUCGCUGGCGACAGCAGCUGUAGCGAAACGACCAUUCGAAGCCACCUCGGCACCGCAACAGCCAGAUGGACACCCUGUGAUCAAAAAUGAGGAGACGGGCGCAUCUCACAAUGGCUCCGAAGCAGUGGCACCCCCAAACAAAAAGCCCAAACACAACCCCUUCGAAAAAGCCGCGCCGCUGGCAGAACGCAUGCGCCCGAAAACCCUCGAUGAAGUCUGCGGACAGGACCUGGUCGGCCGUGACGGCGUGCUGCGAGGCUUGAUUGAACAAGAUCGCGUCCCGAGCAUGAUUCUCUGGGGUGCCGCGGGGACCGGUAAGACGACCAUUGCACGGGUCAUUGCGGGGAUGGUUGGCUCCCGCUUCGUCGAGAUCAAUAGUACAUCUUCCGGGGUGGCCGAGUGUAAGAAGAUCUUCGCCGAAGCCAAAAAUGAGCUGGCCCUCACGGGCCGUAAGACGAUCAUAUUCUGCGACGAGAUCCACAGGUUCAGCAAGAGCCAGCAGGAUGUCUUUCUCGGUCCUGUCGAGGCGGGACAUGUCACUCUGAUCGGCGCCACAACCGAGAAUCCCAGCUUCAAGGUGCAGAACGCUCUCCUGUCGCGGUGCCGCACGUUUACCUUGCAGAAACUCACAGACCAGAAUAUCUGCGAGAUCCUCAAUCGCGCGCUGGAAGCCGAACGCAACAAUUACAAUCCCUCCGAGCUCGUAAAUGACGAGUUGAUCAGAUACCUUGCUGCCUUUGCUGACGGUGACGCCCGUACGGGCCUCAACCUCCUUGAGUUAGCUAUGGAUAUCUCUAGCCGACCCAACAUGACUCUAGAGGAUCUAAAACAAUCGCUCACAAAGACCCUAGUCUACGACCGCGCGGGUGAUCAACACUACGACACCAUAUCCGCAUUCCACAAAUCGGUGCGAGGCUCCGACCCUAACGCGGCGUUGUACUACCUUGCGCGCAUGCUUCAGUCAGGGGAAGAUCCGCUGUACAUUGCGAGACGGAUGAUUGUGAUCGCGAGCGAGGAUGUCGGAUUGGCGGACAAUUCGCUGCUCCCGCUCGCAACGGCGGCAUAUACAGCUUGUGAGAAAAUCGGUAUGCCUGAAGCAAGAAUCAACUUGGCCCAUGUCACAGUGGCGUUGUGCCUUGCCCCCAAAUCAACCAGGGCGUAUAGGGCGCUUGCGAAUGCUAUGCACGCUCUUGAAGAGCCCGGGAUUGCAGGCCUUCCAGUCCCGAUUCACCUGAGAAAUGCGCCGACGAGGUUGAUGAAAGAGUUGGGGUACGGGAAGGAGUACAAAUAUAAUCCGGACUAUGUGGAUGGAAAGGUCAAGCAGGAGUAUUUGCCCGACAGGUUGAAGGGUAGAGAGUUUCUGGAAGAAAGAGAUCUUGGAGAGAACAUCGACGAGGACUUAUUAGAGGAGGCGGGACUCGGUAAGGACGGCAAAGUCGUCAAUGGAGUGAAUGGGAAUGGCUAA